AGUCAAUCAAGGCUGGGCCAACGAAUAUCAGCUCUUUCAACUCCAUCAUCAAACUCAUCAACACUGACGACGACGAAAACUAUACUCUACACACACUGACGAUCCCAUUUUCUUACGGCAAAGUAACGAAUACCCGCGACAUUUCUCUCUUCCCAUCUCAUUCAACUACAUAAACCAUGGAUCACCGUCCGCAAGCUUGGGGCCGUCCUAGAGACGAUGUUUAUGGUGCCUAUGAUGCCUCUUUCAUGACCGAUAAUGGUCCCAAGCAAAACACCCAACAGCCCAUCGUUACUGGCACCUCCGUCAUCGCCGUCAAGUUUAAGGAUGGUGUUGUCAUGGCUGCUGAUAACUUAGCUUCAUACGGGUCUCUAGCCAGGUUCACCGAUGUCAAGCGACUCCGCUCCUUCGCCGAGUCCUCGGUCGUUGGCUUCAGCGGCGACAUUUCUGAUAUGCAGUAUCUCGACCGCCAUCUCAUCGACCUCUCCCUCGACGAGGCCUACACCUCCCCCGACGCACCCCGUCUCAAUGCCGCAAACCUCCACCGCUAUCUCGCAAAGCUGCUUUACCGCCGCCGCUCCAAGUUCGACCCUCUGUGGAACCAUCUUCUUGUUGCUGGUCUCGACGACGAUGACAAGCCUUUCCUUGCCGCUGCCGACUUACUCGGCAGCACCUACAGUGCCCCCAGUUUGGCUACGGGAUUCGGCUCCAUGCUAGCCCAGCCUAUCAUGCGUCGUCAUGUUCCCGAUGAGGAGACCGCUCAGAACUUGGAGAAGGAGGAGGCUAUCAAGAUCAUCAAGGAAUGCAUGAAGGUUCUAUACUACCGCGACGCUCGCAGUUUGGACUCUUACUCGAUGGCUGUCGUCACAAAGGAGGGAGUGGACCUUACCGAUGGUCUGCAGCUCGAGGCUCAGAGCUGGGCUUUUGCAGAGAGAAUUCGCGGUUAUGGUACUCAAACUGUCUAAAUAUCGUGGCAGGUGCUGAAAUGAGAGGACUGAGUGACGAAAGCCAGUCACCCUUUAAUCAAUUAGAGAGGUUACACAAGAUACAAGCCAAGGCGGCUUGAUUGAUGUUACUUUAGAGAAGAUUCAGCUGGCUAAAAUCAUGAUGAUGAUAAAAACUUGACAUUUUGGAGUGAUCAACAGGCACCCGAUAAAAUUCCAUUCCCGCCUGUCAUUCAAUGGCCUGGGAAGAGGCCAAGGCAUUGAGGAAAUGGUAGGGUUGUAACAAUACAUCACAUGGCAUCAUUCGAGAUUAUGUUA